AUGUCAUUUAAUUGGGCAGAUGAUACAGAUGAUGCAGUAAGCUAUUAACCUCUCCCCAAUUUUCCCCCGGUUCUAUCACCUUUCUUCUUUCCUUGCUUCAAAAUCCUGCAAGUAGUUCCUCACCAUACCCAAAUCAGAACACUGACAGGAGCUCUGCAGAUUGCCGCCGGCGAGCUACCAGAAUUCGCGGGUAGUUACAAAGUCCCUUUCAGUAUACUCAAUGAAAUUGCAGAACUCCGAGCCAAUGUCGGCGAAAUGAUCUAUAAAAAGUUGGGAAUGCAAAAUAUGGGCAAGGAGUUAGCAGCAAGAGAUGAUGUAGGUUUAUUAUGGCAGAUAAUUGUUACAGAUAUAAAUGCUAACAGAACAGCAGAUCACUGACGAUGAGGCAAAGGAGAAGAGGAAGAAGGAAGCGAAGUUGUGGCCCAGCCGGGGAAAAUGGAGAGUCAAGAGGAAGAGCCCUUUGAAUAUAGCCAUGUUUUCCUAG